ACGUUUCUCCUGGCAAUGGGAGUAUGGAUGUGGCCCCUAAAAAAACAUUGUAUGAUAAAUAAACUGUUGACAAACUUUGAUCUGAAGGAACCUACAUGUUUUAAGAUGUCAAAAACAAAAAGGAAAAUUCAAGAUUUGGUGACUGUUGAAAAUGACCCAAUUAAAAAGCCUAAUGUAUCAGCCGAUGAUAUCCAACUGGAAACUGAUGAAGAUGAAAAGGAUUUGGAAAGUUUUUUGUUUGGUUCAGUAUCCCUAUUAAAGAAUGAACGUGAAGAUUUUCACAAUACUCUUCUUAAUGAAAAUGAAGAUGAUGUUCCGCUAUUAUCGUUUUCUAUCAGCACCAAACCUGGUAAUAAUGCAGAGAUUCAGGAGGUUCAUUCCAGCGUAAGUGGAUCAUGUCAACUUGCUCCUGCUUGGGUAGAUGUAGAUGAUGAUGAAAUAAGUGUUAAUGUCCAAGAAAAGAAAAAGUUACGAAAACUGCGUUCUGCAAAGGAGGAAAAGGUUUUAUCUGGGACAAUUUUUCAGGAAAGAUUAAAAUCACAGUUUGAAAAAGUUAUGCCAGCACCUUCUUGGGCAGAUGCAUCUAACUUUGAAAAAGAUGAUGAAAUUAUUCCUGAAGAAGAUCAAAUAUUCAAAAGGGCAACAAAGCUUCUCAAGAAGGCUGAAAAGCUUCAAAAAGGGAUUCUCAAAAUCAACAGAGUUAAAGAUUUAAAUCAAGUGCAACCUUCUAAUGCAGCUAUAACUAGCAUUGGUUUUCAUCCCACCGCAAGGAUUGCAUUCACAGCAUCACUGAAUAAAAAAUUAAAUAUUUUUCAAGCAGAUGGAAAUGAGAAUCGAAAGCUGCAAAAUCUACAUUUGUCUAGAUUUCCAAUACAUACGGCACGUUUUGCUGCAGGGGGAAAUAAAAUUAUUAUGUCUUCUCGUAGAAAGUUUUAUUAUAUUUACGAUUUGCUAAGUGGUCAAGUUGUAAAGGUACCUGAAAUAAGAGGACGAGAUGAAAAAAGCUUAGAAAAGUUUUUUCUCUCACCCGAUGGUGAACUAAUAGCUUUUCUUGGUGAAAGUGGCUAUAUACACCUAGUAUCUUCAAAAUCUAAUCAAUGGGUAUCAAGUUUAAAAAUGAAUGGAAAAGUUAAUACUGCAACAUUCUCACCUGAUUCUACCAAAUUAUAUUCAGCUGGAAAGGAUGGAGAGGUGUACAUAUGGGAUGUAAGAAGUCGCAAAUGUCAACAUCGUUUUAUUGAUGACGGUUCAUUAUCUACAACAAGCAUAACAAUUUCAAAUAAUGGAAAAUAUUUAGCCUGCGGGUCAAGUAGUGGUGUUGUCAAUUUAUAUGGUGACAAGAUUCACACUGAGAAACACCCUUCACCUGAAAAAAUUUUACUUAACCUAGCAACAGGCAUAGAUGGAACUCUUUUUAAUUCAACAAGCGAAAUACUGGCAUAUUUUUCCCCUCAGGCAAGAAAUGCGCUCAAAUUAGUCCACUUUCCAUCAUUAACCACAUUCUCCAACUGGCCAAUUGAGAAGCAAACUCUGGGUAACAUCAGUUCCGUUGAUUUUUCUCCGUUAAGUGGAUAUCUUGGGAUCGGCAAUGAAAAGGGAAGAGCAUUGUUGUUCAGAUUAAGUCAUUACCCAGACUCAUAGUAUAUGGUAAUGUUAAAGAAUGCAUGGUUUCAGACAUAUUCUGAAAAGACUUCCCAACAUAUUUAUUGGAUGAAAAAUACCUUAUAUAAAAAUAUAUAUGAACUUUUUUUGUGUUAUUGAACUACACAACAUUUUUCAAAGGAUCAUCAUUGUAUGUAUUAAUAAUCAAGAAACUGUUUUUAUGAUUGAUUUCUUCUCACCUUUUUGGGUUCUUAUUUUGUAAUCAAAUUUUUGAAUACUUAUGAAGAAUUAUUUUUCUUUCA